UAACAAUAGCAACAGCAUUUAGUCGGAUUGGAUCAAAGAAAAGUAUCACAUUCUCCACAAUUUAAUCAAAGCACAUCUUUACGCCAUCACAAUCAACACAUCACAAACAAUCGGAAAAUGGGGAAAGAUUCAUGAUCAUAUUAUCAACUAAUUUCAGCGUGUUUUUGCAACGCUUUUUUGAUCACUCGUGGAUGAGGAAAGGUAUGGUCAUCUAACAGUUUGGCAACAUUAUUCGGGAAACGCAUUGGAAGAUGGACAUCAUAUCACAAAAGCCCGAAGGGCCAUCAGGCUCAAGUAUAGCCAAUCAUCCGGCACCCGCCUCCACCGAUAAUCUGCCAAGCACAUCUCGUCCUGUUGCAAAUAACACCACAAGUAACGUGCUUCAGGAUGCAUCAGUCGCCGAUUCAACACUACAGCCAUCACAGAGGACCCCAGAAGUCAUAACCAGUCGACGCAGCACUCCGACAACGAGUGCACAUCUAAAGGCAGAGCGGGAUGAGGUGGACUCGAUUGGAUAUCAGCCUUCCGCAUCUGAAGAUGAUGAUACUCGGCAGUCUGACUCACAAUCAUCCUCUCGGCGGCAAUCAAGGCUGGGUAAAAUGACACCACCUCUAGCCUCGACCGAAAGUAUCGUCUCUUCUCCCUCUUCUGCUCAACAUCCGAUCCCCGCUCUUACAUCUGCAAUCAUAAAUGCUAACAACCAACAAGGAUCAAAUGCUGCAAUGCAAAGUAAACAUCGUAAUCUUCGUGCUCUUCAAUCUGCUCUUUCUCCAACAGGUUCUCUUUCAGGUGCAAGUGGAAUUAUACCCGCUCUUUCUUCUCAUUCUCAUUCUGGAGGCGAAGCAAGUGCAAGCGCAAGCAGUAGCCGAUCACAUUUACCACUUCAAUCUAAAACUUCACUCUAUCGUAGACAAGCAAGCGGUGCUAGUAGUAUAAGCAAUGAACCUAUGGAUGAUGCCAUGCCGGCAGGACAUUUCACGGGAAGAGGAAGUGAAAGUUUGAGCAGAGCAAAAAGUGUAAGCAGCGUCAGCAGCGUAAACAGUACGAGCAGUAUGGAAGCUGUUCCAUUUCGUGCAGCUCCUUUAGGAAACGUUCGAGUGGGCUUUGGUGGUAUGUCAAGAGGUGCUGCUAGGGCAAAUAUGGCAAAUGCUUCUGCAGGAAAUAGAUCAAGACAACCAAAUGUGCCAAAUACAGCUCCUCCGCAUAUCGACUCAAAUCGUGACUUCGGUCGCCAUCGAACAGCCUCUAAUGACCUCGUAGAAUCCUCUACAGAUCAAGAUGCAGGAAAAAAUGGACCGGGUCAGCUUUUGUCUGUUGAUACCGGUGCAAACGAUGCACGAAAUGCUUCGCCGAUCUCUCCAACAAAGACAAGAUAUCUUCCUAAAGGUCCAUCUGAUGAAUGGCAAUACCGUAAUGCGCCUGGUAUGGGCGGCGGACGAAAUUCAAGGCCCUUGCCUCAUACGGUCAGCGCUGGCUCACGACCGCCUCAACCAAGAAUGGGAAUUCCUUCCGCAUUCGCUGGUCUUUUAUCAAAUGAUGAUGUCGAAAGCGAUGAAAGUUCACUUCAUCAAGUUCAACGUCCAAAGCCAAGUAUUCGAACAAAAUUGGCCAAACGUGCCGGGAAGCUUGGUUUGAAACCUUUGACAAGCGUUCAAACUCCUGCUGCGCGAUCAAUAUCACCUCCUCCAUCGCUCACGAUCGAUCAAGUUACCUCAAUGGCAAGAAAAGAUCAUCAAUCAUCACCUGCCGUUUCUUUACCAAUGAUCAAUACAGCUCCUGCAUCUCUUACACCAACUUCAAACACACCUGCUGAGAUAGCUGCUCGCAACGCUAAAUCGUAUUUUGGUGCGAUGGGCAAUGGGGCUGGUAUGUCAAGUAUGAUUGGUAGUGGAAAUGUUCUAGAGAGUGAUAUUACUCGAGCAACAAGUAGUAUAACAAAUGCUCCAUUGGUUGUACCCAAACAUCCACCUGGACCACCUGGAAGUGGACCUCCACCUUCGCCUGGCUUGGUUGGAUCUGCUGCGAAUUAUGUGAUGCCUUUUGCACAAAUACCAAGUCGGAUCAGUCCGGAAGAAGAACAGCCUAUUGGUACAGGUACGUCUGGUAUGGGCGAAAUUGAACGAAUAAGAGAAGCGGGAAUGCAAACACCUGAUAGCGCACGUCCAAAAUUGAGUCGACCAGGAUCGGUAAGCAGUGGCAUUAGUGGUAUUUUGGGAGGAAUUUUGGGAACCAGUAACAUUGGAGGUGGAAACAGCAACAGAAGUUCGUUCGGUCCACAUGUAAGCGCAGCACCACCUUCAAGAAGCUUAUCAACCUCACCCGCGCCAAUGAUGUUGACACCAGCACAAAAGAUUCAAAUGGAAGCGCGCGCUGGAUUGGCAAUCGUUCCUUCUGAACCUAGUGGUGCAAGUCCAGGUCCUGACGGUGAUCAAGACGUUCUUGCGGAUUUGUCUACUGCAACGAUUGGUCGUCGUCCGAUGUCUACUUCUGUUUCCACGCAGACCACGGCCAAGCCAAAAGAAUUCUUUACGGUUCCAUCAAAUCCAGCAGCUCUGUCAGGCGCUUCCGUUCCAGCUGGAGGUUCAAAGGAUUCUUCUUCACCUAGAUUGACCAAUCGAAGGCCGAAUCUUCUUCGCGCUUUGACUGGUGAAAGCACCGGUAGAAGAUCUUUGGGCUCAAUCAAAAAUGAUGAUUCACGUUUGAAUGACAACAAAGUUCGAAGCGGGCAUUCUUCACCGCAUAGUCCUUCUUCUGGUUCGGACAAGUAUGUUUUGUCUAUUGAAAAGUCUCCAUCCUCUUUGCGGCUGGAGAUUCCAGGCAAUCCAAUUCCUGAAGAAAAUAACGAUGACCAUCACUCUGAGACUCCAAUGGCAAACCAGACAUCUCAUAGUGAUGCACAAGUGUCAAAUGCGGCGGCAGCUGUCUUAUCGCAAGCCACAAAUGGAAAUGAAUUAAAAAGCGGAGACACCGCAUCACGAGCAGAUGAUCAAUCUGCUCAUGCAACGAGCAUAAAUAGUGAAACGCGACCGUCUGCUUUGCCUUCAAUCGCAAUCUCAACUACCAGCACAAAUGCAAAUGUGGAUGCGAAACCAUCUCAAAUUUCCACUCAGCCAACACCUGGUGCUGGAAUAAUGACAUCCAGUCAACUCGACACUUCACCUCAAACGCCCAUCGCCGCUUCAAAGUCUCCGGGUAUUACUAAUGCUUCGCGCGUUGCCCGAACUCGUGAAGAUUUCUAUUUUGGUGAUUUGAUUGGUGAGGGAUCCUACUCCACUGUGAUGGAAGCAUGGGAUCUGCUACCUCUUCGUGAAAAAGGACUCAAUACGCCGAACCAGGAUUCUGGUGAUUCGAAUAAUGCUCUAGCGGCCAUUGCUGGAAAGACGAGCAGAAAGAAUCGCGCCAAGGUAAAUCUAGAUGGUGCAAAGGUGUAUGCGAUCAAAGUUUUGGACAAAGUUCACAUCUUGAAGGAAAAGAAGCAAAAGUAUGUAAGUGUGGAAAAAGAAGCUUUAAGUCUUUUGACCCGUCAUCCUGGCGUGAUUACGCUCUUUUGGACUUUUCAAGAUCGUGAUAGUCUUUAUUUUGUGUUGGAAAUGGCGCCCAAUGGCGAACUUUUGAAUUGGAUUAAAAAGCUGGGAAGCUUCAAUGAACAAUGUGCAAAAUACUACGCAGCCCAACUUUUGGACACAAUCCAAGGCAUACAUAAAGCGGGUGUCUUGCAUAGAGAUGUCAAGCCUGAAAACGUUUUAUUGGACGCUGAGAUGCGUAUUCGCUUGGCAGAUUUUGGAUCAGCAAAGAUUAUUGGUAGAUCAAACAGCGUAGGCGAGCAAAAGCCUUCUGCCAAGUUCAAACAGAGAUCUAGCAGCUUUGUCGGCACGGCAGAGUAUGUCAGUCCUGAACUUUUGACUGAUAAACAGGUAUCGGAAGCGAGUGAUUAUUGGGCAAUUGGAUGUAUUUUGUUCCAAAUGUUAUGUGGAAGACCUCCGUUCAAGGGCGCAAGUGAAUAUCAAACAUUCCAAAAGAUCAUGAAAGGUAGUUUUGACUUCCAACCGGGUUUUACGGAAGUAGCAAUCGAUUUGAUCACAAAAUUGUUACAACUCGAUCCUGAUGAUCGUCCUUCAGGGAAUGAAAUUCGAGAUCAUGCGUUCUUUGAGGGGAUCGACUGGAGCACGAUUUGGACGAUCGAAGCCCCGAAAUUGGAAGCAGGCUUGUACAAACGUCCGCCUGUUGCGCCUCGCAGCAAUCCCGAAUCGAUAGAGGGUGACGCUUCACUUGAUGGCAGUAUGGAUAGUCAAGAUGAUGGCAUCGCUACAGCCUCCGAAGCAGAAGAUGGUUCUCAAUCAGGGCAUGGCUCACUUCAAAGCGGUGAGGUGCAAAACACCCAAACGACUGAGCGUGACGUGACGGGGGAUAAUGACGCAGAUGAUGAUGAUAGUUCAUUAUCUGAUUCCCCUAUACAAAAUAACCUCUUCCGCAAAAGAGGUUUCUCGGCCGGUGCAUCUGCAGCCGAAAGGAUGUUGGCUCAGGUCAGCAAUACGACCCGAAGAGGAAGUAAUUUGAUCAACAAAGUCACGGCUGGGUUGGCUUCCUUUGAUCGAAACGAAUCAUCGAACACGCCACCAAAAGGUCAACGAUCAUCUGUCAUAGGCAGUGUUAGACCAACUCUCUCUUCUCGUUCAUCAAGUCAGAUGAGCAACCGUGAUUAUGAGGCAUACAAUGCAGUUGUGAAUCAACAAGCUACCGAAGCAGCAAGGUUCAAUGCCUCUCUUGCAACCAGUUGGGCUGCUCUUCUGCUGCCUAACGAAUCACUCUUGUAUGCAUGUCCAAUCGUUCACAAGACCAGCGGUCCAAUUUUGCGAAGUACGGACAAGAAGAGGCAAUUGCUUUUAACCGACUUUCCACGUUUAUUGUGCGUCAAGGAGACCAACGAUCAAUUGAAGGUAAAGAGCGAAGUGAUUUUGGGUAUUCCAUUGUCGGUAACAACAAAAGGAAAAGGGAAUGCCGAUCAGCAAAAUUAUGGAAGUGGUAGACCACAGCAUGCUCGAUUGAAUUCAACAGGAUCGAAUAAUUCUCUGGGCGCAAGCAACAAUGCUUCUAUUGCAGCCCGUUCAGGAGAUCGAGUGUCUGUCGUACGCUCUUCACAAAUGCGCAGACAAAGUAGUGCAGGACCUUUGUUGCCCUCUUCACCCACUUCAUCUACUGGUCCUUCGUCGGGUUUCAGAAACGCAAAUUCUGCAAGUAUGGCCAGAGAUAACAGCGCCGGUGGGUCAAGCAGUUAUCCCUUCAAUGCAGCCAUGGCACAAUCAUCACCGUUGACACCUACGCAAUCACGCUCAAGUGGCCCGAUGGCGGACGAAAAGUAUACCACUCCAUCCUUUUCACACUAUGAUAUUUCACAAGCAUCUCCAAAUAUGAUGACUUCGAUUGAAGCUAAAUCGAUUAGAAGUUUUAUCGUUCAUACGCCUGCUCGAUCUUAUUUGUAUGAAGAUCCUUCGGGUGAUGCAAGUCAUUGGAUAAAAAGUAUAACGAUGGCUUCUAAACGUCAAACAAACGUUUUCAAUCCAGCAGGAGAUCCGUCCCAUCAUGCCGUUCCAUUGACAUCACACUACACGAUGCCGACGUAAAAGGGCCACAAAAUUGGUUCUGGUCAUUUUCUUAUUCUUCCCGUUCUUGCUUUUUGUAAUUGUAUCGAUUUUGUCAUCUUUUUUAUAUCUUUUCGGGACUUUUAGUAACAGUCACCAGUGACGUGCGCAUGUACGAUGUAAGAGGUAGACUUUAAUGUCAUAUCUACUUUAUCCUAUAUUCAUCAACAAAAUUCAAUGAACAAUGUGUUUUUUCC